AUGUUUAAUAAAAAAUUUAAAAAACAAGGUUCUUUUUCAUUUCAUGAUCAAGAAACCAAAGAAUAAAAUAGUAAUACUAAUGCAUCUAAUAUAAAUUAAAAAAAAUAGACUCAAAAUUGCUUAACUUUUGAAAAGGAUGAAAAUUUUGAUUUAACUAAAAAAUAUGUGAAAGUAGACAAAAAACCAGUAGUAGACACUCACAAUCAUGUAAUCUAAUAGGAGAAGAGCGAGUAUCUAAAGGAGUUGGAGGAAGAGAAUAGGAUGAAUAAUUAUAUAGCAAAAAACAGUUUGGAAAAUGUGGAGGAAAUCAAUAUUGUAGAUUUAGAAAAUGAUGGAAUUUAUGAAGAUAAUCAAUAAGUAAGGAGAAAUAAAAAAUAGCAAAAUAUAAUUAUAAUAGAUGAAACAGAUAAUAAUUUAAUCACAGAUAUGGAUAAUAGGAGAAUGAAUAUGAUAGGAAUAGCCAAAUAAGAAAAGGUUUUUUAUGAGCAUCAAUCAGAUGAUGAAGAAUUCAAUAGAUUUGAGAAAAACAUCAUUGAAUCUAAUAUUGUCUCAUAUGAUUAUGCAAAUAAUGGUUUUAAGACAUUCAAUUUUAAUGACUCAUAAUAAAUCAACUAUUGUGGUUUUCUUGAUAACUUCUCAUAAAUAAAUUUGAAAUCAAUACUUGGAAAUUUGUAAACACUUAUCUCUUAAGAAAUUUUCAAAAAGGACAGAUUAUAAAAUGAAGCUGAUAGAUCCAUCUAAGUUCUUUAGUCAAGUAAAAUGUUGAUAAAAAAUUGGCUAGAAUAAAAUUAAGAUUUAUAUAAGCAAUUAAGAGAAUUUGAGUUAGUAAAUGAAUACUUCCAAUGUUUUAAUGAUAUGAUAAAAUAAAAGGUAAAAGUUUAUUAUGUAACCCUAGAUACCAACUCUUUUCAAAUUAUAUGACGAAUUUGAGGAAAUGCAUGAUGAAUAUUAUAAUUUGAUUGAAACAAGAAUUGAAGAAUAAGAAUUGAUAUUUUCUUAUUUGUUUUAAGGAAUACCAAACGAAAUAAUUCUCAACUACGCCAAGGAUAUUUGCUUACAUAUGAAUGAUGUAGAUGAAGAAUACUUAGAUUUAGAGAAGAUUUGUGAAAAUUACUUUAAUGUAAUGUUUGUGGUACCAAAUGCUAAAGUCCUAUAACCAAUCUUUGAUUAUCACAUUUUAUUGAGAUUUAUUGAGUUGUAUUGCGAAAACCUGAAUGAUUGUGAAUCCGAUUUGUUUGAUGGUUUAGUCUCUGACAAAUCCUUACUAUGUUAAUUGAUAAUGUAAUGCAGAUUCAUAAAAGGAUUAUUAACAUUAAAUCCUGUUCAAACCAAAUUUAUUCAACAAUUUUUUAGAUCAAUCUUAAAACACACCUAUCAGUUUUUAAAAUAAUCAAAUACAGAGGAGGCACAAUAAUGUUUGAAUUACAUCAAAUCGUUGCUUGAUUCAGUUGUAAAAUCAAUUUACAAGAAGUCUUGUAUUUAUGGGCCAUAAAUAGUUGAAUAUUUAAAUAUGAUGAAAGAUAUUCUACCUAAAGAUACAUUUGAAAAACUAAUAACAAUUGUUUAAUGA